ACGCUUUGUUGAAGUACAGCCAUGGCCGCAAUGAGAUCGUUCUGCGAUGCGGUGUCGAUCUUUCGAAUUAUUUUUUUUUACUGCAUAGUCAACAUAUUUUUUAUACAGCUUAGCUUUGGAUUGUAUGAAGACCAGGUUGGUUUGUUUGAUUGGCGUCAUAAAUACAUAGGUAAAGCCAAAUAUGUGUAUUUUGAAACUAAUCAUUCUAGAAAUCAAAGAGCAUACGUCUCAACUGAAUCCAACGUUAUUGCUGCCAUUAAUGCCAAAACUGGGCAUUUGUUGUGGCGAAAAGUAUUUGCAGAUGACGAUGGAGAUGUGGCAAUGCUUUUUUACAAAUCAAAUGUAUUAAUAACAAUUUCAGGGUCAAGUAAAAUUAUUCGUUCAUGGAAUUCUAAAAAUGGUCAUUUAAUAUGGGAGUCAGGCGUUCACAAGUUUAUUCCUUUAGUUGAUUCUCGCUUUAAAAAUCUUCCAAACAUAAUGAAAAAUCAUCAGGCAACCAUCUUAGAAGAUGAAAGUUUGUUAGUUGUGUCAAACCAACAAAUUUGUGUUGUGUCUUUAAAUGAUGGUUCAGAAAUAUGGCACUAUGAUGUUUCUGAAUCGUCACAAUUGUUCGGAGCAUGGAAUUAUAACAAUAAAAUUCAUUUAUUUUCUGUUAAAAUAAUGAGUGAUAAGUCUUAUGUUUCCAUAUCUUAUCUUGAUCCGGAAACAGGAAAUGUAAUUGAAAGCAUAGAUGUAGAAGCUGAUUGGAUACUAAAUGAUCAUAUCAGCUGUGAAAUUGUUUCAAGCUGUCUUAUUUGUAUUUCAUCUAGAACAGAAGUUUUUGUUUUAAAUUUAAAACCUGAAAUAUUAUCUACUUUUUCAAAAAAUAGUUUAGACUUAAAAUAUUUUAUAGAAGAUAGUGAGUUUGAAAAAGUUGAAAAUUUUCAAAUUAUACCUUUAUCAUUAGAAAAGGUAUCAGAUAAAGCAUGUAUAAAGUUAGGUAAAUACUCAGUAUUAUUCAAACUUAAUGUAGACUUACUAGGUGUUCAAGUUGUUAAAUUUCUUAAAACACCUGGGUUUUUUAUGUCUAUUGAUGUUUUAUCAAAAAAAUUAAUUUUUGAAAUAUCAGAGUCUGUUUUAAAAAAUCAGCCAUGUUUAAAAGUUAAUGUAUUUGAAUAUAAUACACUAGAGACAGCUAGUAAUCUAGAAUCUGUUAUUUAUUUGGAUGCAGAAAUAGCACCACCAAUUUAUGGUGCUGUAUAUUUAUAUCAGAAGCAAAAUGAGCUAAGUUAUCGAUUUUUGUUAAUUUGUGAAGAUUAUUCCAUGUUUCUUAUUCAAAAUGUUGGAAAUAAAGAAGGAAAAAUACUCUGGACAAGAAAUGAAGGAUUGUCACAAGUUUCUAAUGUUAAAAUGAUUGAACUUCCUCCUUCAACAUCUGCAUUACAACUUUCUUUGCUUCAUGAUGAAUUUUCUGUAAAUCAAAAUGUUGGUGUGUUUAACAAAUUCAUUAACAGAGUAAAAGCUCAAUUUCUCCACUUACAAGCGUUUGUAUCAAGUCUUAGAAAAAAUCAUCAAUUUUCUAAUAGAAAUGCAGAAAAAAGUGUUUCUUUAAAGCGUGACCAGUUUAGUAUUUAUAAAAUUAUUUUGCUGAUGACAAAAGCAAAGAAAUUGUUUGCUAUCAAUUCUCAAAAUGGUGAAAUAGUUUGGAGCCAUUUUUUACCUCAUGUAAGCUCUAAUGGGAGUUUUGAAAUUAUUGAGCAACGUACUUCUGCCCAUUUCCCACUUCCUUCACAGUGCAUUUUGAUUGCUCCUUUGAAUUUAAAUAAAAAAAAUACAGUCAUUUAUAAGUUCAAUCCAUUAACUGGAGAAGGCUUGAAAGAGCCUGUUUCAAUUGAAAGCUACGAGUAUCUACAAGUUGCAGAACUUCCAUUUGAAGAUGACAAGUCAGCUAAAGUUGUUGGUGUUGUUACUUCAGAGAAGCAGUUAAAAAUUUAUCCGCAAAAUUCAUAUACUAUUAAUAAGCUUAAAUCACAUAUGGACUCAAUAUACAUUUACCUGGCAAAUCAGACAACUAACACAUUUAUAGGUUAUAAAAUAAAAGAAACUCAUAGUAAUUUUGAAUUAAACGAAGUGUGGUCAAUAUUUAUCCCUGAAAAUCAAAAAUUGAUUGUUCAAAAAAAGAAAAGAAAUGAUGAAGUUGUUAAUUCAGUUGGGCGUGUCUUAGGGGAUCAUUCUGUUUUAUAUAAAUACUUAAAUCCAAAUCUUAUUGCAUUUAUGACACAGCAAGGGUCUGGUGUAAAAGGAACCUCAUAUGUUUACUUGGUUGAUGGUGUAACAGGUUUUAUAAUUUAUUCAUCCUUUCACAGAAGUGCUGAUCUUCCAUUGGAUUUGAUUCAUUCAGAAAAUUGGCUUAUUUAUCAAUACUAUAGUACAAAACAUCGGCGAACCGAGAUGUCUGUGGUGGAGCUCUAUGAAGGAUUUGAAGAGAAGAACAACACAGCAUUCUCAUCUCUUGAUCCAGGUUCUUCUCCAAUGAUACUUUCACAAGGCUAUUUCUUGCCUGUGUCUGGUGUAAGAACAUUGGCAGCAACAAUAACGCAACGAGGUAUUACAAACAGAAACAUUCUCAUUGGUUUAGAAAAUGGUUUUAUACACUCACUGCCGAAAAAUUUUUUUGACCCUCGAAGAAAUCUAAAACAAAGUGAAAUGUUGAAUGAAGAAGGUGUUCUGCCAUAUUCUCCAGAAUUACCUGUCUCUCCAAAAGGUUUUAUUAAUUAUAAUAUGACUGUUGAAAAAAUUCGUGGCAUUCAUACUGCUUCUGCUGGACUUGAAUCAACAUCUCUAGUUUUAGCAUAUGGUCUAGAUUUAUAUUUUACUCGUGUUAUGCCAUCUCGAAUGUUUGAUGUUUUAAAGGAAGAUUUUGACUAUAUUUUUAUAUCAGGUGUUCUUUCGCUGCUGAUUUUUUCAUCAUUGAUAUGUGGCAAAAUGGCUUUUAUUAAAUCUUUAAGAAUGACAUGGCAAUGAAGAGUUCUAUAAAGAUUUCUGAUAAUAUAAUUUAUAUAGGAAAAUAUACAUAUGCAAAUAUAUUGUAUUUUUUUGGAAGUAAAAAAAUGCAGGAAGUUAUGUUUGAUAUAUCUAUUUAAUUUCUAAUUUAAUGGCUUGUAUAAUAACUUGUGUAUUAUAUACAUUAUAAAACUA